CCCCAGAUGAAGAGCUCACUGUGGUGGGAAAGAUCUCCUUCAACCCUAAAGAUGUUCUGGGCCGUGGCACAGGCGGCACCUUUGUGUUCAGGGGCCAGUUUGAAGGGCGAGCAGUAGCUGUAAAGCGACUGCUUCGGGAGUGUUUCAGCCUGGUGCAUCGGGAGGUGCAGCUGCUCCAGGAGUCGGACUCACACCCCAGCGUGUUACGUUACUUCUGCACUGAGCGGGGACCCCAGUUCCAUUACAUCGCUUUGGAGCUCUGCACAGCCACCCUGAAGGAGUAUGUUGAAAAUCCUGCCCUAGAUCGCUUGGGCCUUGAGCCAGUGACCCUGUUAUACCAGCUGACCUCCGGCUUGGUCCACCUACACUCUCUGAACAUAGUCCACCGAGACUUGAAGCCCUGUAACAUCCUCAUCACGGGGCCUGACAGCCAGGGCCGGAGCCGAGCUGUCCUCUCUGACUUUGGCCUCUGUAAGAAGCUGCCUGCUGGACGUCACACCUUCAGUCUCUGCUCUGGCAUCCCAGGCACUGAGGGCUGGAUUGCCCCAGAGCUCCUACAGGAUGAACCCCCAGAAAGUCCCACCUGUGCCGUGGACAUCUUCUCAGCAGGGUUGGUGUUUUAUUACGUUCUCUCAGGUGGGGGGCACCCAUUUGGGAACAGCCUGCACCAACAGGCCAACAUCCUUGCAGGGGCUGCUCAGAUGGACCACUUUGAGGAGGAGACACAUGAAAAGGUAAUCGCCAAAGAGCUGGUGGAGGCCAUGCUGAGCCCUCAGCCCCAGCUUCGGCCUUCAGCUCAAUUUGUGCUAGCUCAUCCCUUCUUUUGGAGCAGAGCCAAGGAGCUUCAAUUCUUCCAGGAUGUCAGUGACCGAGUGGAGAAGGAGGCUGCGGAGGGGCCUUUGGUGACAGCUCUGGAAGCUGGAGGCAAGAUCGUGGUCAGACAAAACUGGCACAGUCACAUCUCCGGACCGCUGCAGUCAG